UUGCAGCAAGAUCAGCCAUCUUUGUCACAUGUUCAUUUUCCCAUCUCACAUGACCUGUUGUUUGGCCCCGUGAUCAAGCUUGCUUUAUUUCCUGCCAAAUUCAAACAUCCAUCAAAAAGCCACAUGGAUAUGUUAGAUGAGGCUUUGGAAGCAAGCCAUGAUAAAACAAAUGAUUCCACUGGUUCUGAUGAUGUUCAGCUGAGUGGUCAAGGUGAAUCUCCGGACAGCCAGGCUAUGGCCUCCGUGCAGCAGGGUGCGACAUUAAGUUUGGACCCAAAUAUACAGUACCAGUUCCGCACGGAGACCGGUCAGGUAACUUAUCGUGUUGUACAGGUAGCCCAGGAUGGUACAGAGGCAGCAGCUCAAGUCGUAACAACAAAUGCUUUCCCACAAGCCACACAGGCUGUGAUACAGAGUCCUUUCAGCAAUGGUGGCAGUCCCACCCCUGACAACCAGGCAGACACAAGGUAUACAUACUUCCCUACAGGAGCAACAGACCAGACAGCGGCUGCACAGCAGAGCGAGGUUGCCUCAGCAUCUUUAGGACAAGUGGCAACUGCUGGAGGUACUUGGGCAAAUGAUGCAGCUCUUGGUCAAGGGCAAUUCUAUGUAAUGAUGUCACCACAAGAUGUACUGCAAGGUCAGCGAAAUAUAGCCCCAAGGACAGGGUUCAACACACCCAAAAUAGACGGAGGGAGAUCGGGUCGUGAUGAUCGCAGAAGGGCUACGCAUAAUGAAGUGGAGAGACGACGACGAGACAAGAUAAACAACUGGAUCGUAACCCUGUCCAAAUUAGUCCCAGACUGUGCCCAAGAACAUGUGAAACAGGGCCAGACCAAAGUUAGUGAAAAUAGUAAAGGAGGAAUUUUAUCCAAAGCCUGUGAUUAUAUCAAUGAACUCAGAAAUGGUAAUGUACGCAUGGCGGAGAGUCUCAAGGAAACAGAACGGCUAUCUGUUGAUCUUGAAUUGUUGCGACAACAGUGCGAGGACAUGAAAAAUGAAAAUGCAAUAUUGCGUGCCCAGUUACAAUCUCAUGGUAUCAUCCCUGACGUAUCUGGAGGUUCCUAGUGGUGGUGUUCUGGGUGAUAUUUGUCUCAGACACAAACAGUAACAGUGGUCUGUUGUUCAGGGUCAUCCAGAAGUCGGGAAGUGUGGAAGAAUCAGUGCUCGGCUGUAUCAGCCUUCUUCAGUUCGGGUGUUAAAUCUCCAGCUAAUCACUUGUAAUUGGUCAGCCUGGUGACAUGUGAUUGACCAGUCUAGUGACAUGUGAUUGGUCAGUCUGGUGACAUGUGAUUGACCAGUCUGGUGGGAAGGACAGAUUUGAAUGGCCAUUUCUGAGGAUACAAGUAACUGGAGCUGAACAAACACUUUAUUUUCUAUUUCAUGUCAGAACCUUUCUUCAGAGAGCAACCACAUGGAGAGUUGUCCCUUAUAACAGUACAAAGUGCUGUACCAUGGCAAGGUUUCUCAGGAAGAAAAUUAAAGGAUACAGAAAGCUAACUUCUUUCAAGACAGGUUUACAGUUAAAUUUAUGCACUUGGAAUGAUGUGUUGCGCUUAGUUCUGAACAUUGUAAUGAAGAGAAUAUUUUCUUGAUAUCAUUGGCCAAGUUUACACGUGUGUAUGUAGGUAAUAGGGCAGUUUGAAUGUUUCCGAAUAUGUGUUAUUUCAGCCCUCGGCUCUCAAUGCUUCCUAGGCUAGAACCAGACAAUAAAUAGGUUUGGGUUAAUUUCUAUUUAAACUUUUUUUAAUGUAUAGUAGGGUUGCAACGAUAUAUGUAUUGUAUUGCGAUAUUCUUGUAUAUCGAUCAAUUUGUUUUGUUGCCUGUUUCAUGAUACACUAACAGGAUCAAUUUGUUUUGUUGCCUGUUUCAUGAUAAACUAACAGAAUCAGUUUGUUUUGUUGCCUGUUUCAUGAUAAACUAACAGAAUCAGUUUGUUUUGUUGCCUGUUUCAUGAUACACUAAAAGAACCAAUUUGUUUUGUUGCCUGUUUCAUGAUACAGUAACAGAAUCAAUUUGUUUUGUUGCCUGUUACAUGAUACACUAACAGAAUCAAUUUGUUUUGUUGCCUGUUUCAUGAUACACUAACAGGAUCAAUUUGUCUUGUUGCCUGUUUCAUGAUACACUAACAGAAUCACUUUGUUUUGUUGCCUGUUUCAUGAUACACUAACAGAAUCAAUUUGUUUUGUUGCCUGUGUCAUGAUAAACUAACAGAAUCAGUUUGUUUUGUUGCCUGUUUCAUGAUAAACUAACAGAAUCAAUUUGUUUUGUUGCCUGUUUCAUGAUACACUAACAGAACCAAUUUGUUUUGUUGCCUGUUUCAUGAUACACUAAAAGAACCAAUUUGUUUUGUUGCCUGUUUCAUGAUACACUAACAGAAUCAAUUUGUUUUGUUGCCUGUUUCAUGAUACACUAACAGGAUCAAUUUUUAUUAAACUCUUAAACAGUGUGCUUCUAUUUUUGAAUCGGUAAAGGUAUGGUCCACUUUGCAGUCAAAGUACUAAACUUACAGAGAAAUUUAUUUUGAUAGUAUUUACUAUUGAGGUCGAUGACAAAACUCUAUGAAAUCCUGCACUCGUCAGUUUGAAGUUGACAUUUUCAGCAGAUAUUUGUAUCAUGAUGCCUAGUACAAUGUAUUGUUGCAGCCCUUAAUUAUAUAUAUAUAAGUAUAGUGGCAUACUCAAAACAAAUCUAAUACUUUUCAGUCAAACAGAAUGAAAAAUUGAAGAAAAGGAUAAAAUGUGAAAUGAAAUAUAUAGCUGAAGCUGCCUAUUUUUAAUCCAAGGAUUUGUAUUUUAGUUUUGAUAAAACAUCUCUGAUAUUACUGUUAUAAAGAAAAUGAAACUUGUUAGUCAAAAUCCUGAUGUUACUAACAAGUCCUGAUGUUGAUUAUAAUCAAUGAAGUUUGUUACUAACAAGUCCUGAGGUUGAUUAUGAUCAAUGAUGUUUGUUACUAACAAGUCCUGAGGUUGAUUAUAGUCAAUGAUGUUUGUUACUAACAAGUCCUGAUGUUGAUUAUAAUCAAUGAAGUUUGUCACUAACAAGUCCUGAUGUUGAUCAUAAUCAAUGAAGUCUGUUACUAACAAGUCCUGAUAGAAACAAGUUCAGA